AUGCACGCCAUCAUCGUCGGCGCCGGCCCCGCGGGUCUCGCGGCCGCCCUCGCGCUACACCAGCAAUCCACCCCGUCCUCUCCCAUCCGCGUGACGGUGCUCGAGCUGCGCCCGAACAUCCAGACGCUCGGCGGCGCCGUCAACCUGACCCCCAUCGCGAUGCGCUACCUGGACGCGCUCGGCGUCGGCGCCCGCCUGCGCCCGCUCGGCGUCCGGGUGCCCUACAUCGAGAUGCUCUCGCACCGCACGGGCCGCACGCUGGGCCGCGUCUGGCCCGACGUCGACGCACUCCGCGUGCUGCGCCAGGACCUGGUCGAGGCCCUGGUCGCCACGGCACGCGCCGUCCCGGAGGACCAGCUGCGCCUGCGUUACGGCGUGACCAUCACCCACAUCGAGGAGAAGGGCGACGCCGCCUCGCCCGAGGGGAGCAUCGCCACGCUCGAUGGCGACAUCCUGCUGGGGUGCGACGGGAUUCACUCGGUGGUGCGCAGCACGUACGUCGACCCGGCGCGGCGCAAGACGUACUCGGGGCGGGCGAGCGCGUACGGCUUCAUCACGGUGCGCGAGCCGGGCCGCGCGGGCAUCGAGACGGCCGACGGCUCGCCCGCCGUCAACGUGUCCAGCAUCAUCAGCGGCCGCUUGGGCUCGCUGCUGGUGACCUUCUUCGAGCCCUCGCGCACCAAGCUGUACCUGACCACGGUGAUCGCGCGGCCGGAACCGGCGGACGGUGGCCGGGACGGCCGGCGCGCCGCGGGCGAGGACAUGGAGGCGGUGAGACAGGACUUCCUGCGGCGCUUCCGCGGCGGGAAGCUCGCCGGCGUGGAGGAGACCGUGCAGCGGUGCGAGGAGUGGGUGUCCUUUCCCGUGUAUAUGCUCCCGGCCGGAGGGGUGUGGUCCAAGGGCCGCGCGCUGUUGUUGGGGGAUGCUGCGCAUGCCUCGCCGCCGCAAGGCGAAAGCAGCGGGCUCGCGAUCGAGGACGGCGUGCUGCUCGCGCACGUCUUCAGCCGCAGGGAUACGCGGUCGGUGCCGCAAUUGUUUGCCGACUACGAGGCGCUGCGGAGGGACGUCAUCAAGAAGGCCCACGACGAUGCCGUGUUCCGGUGGGAGCAGGUUCACGACAGGAGCUGGUUCGGCAUGAUCUUCUUGGAGUGGCUUACCAUUGUGUAUGUGUGGUUCAAAAACAGCAAGGAGGAUUUUGGGCGCGACGUACGGGAGCUGCCGUUGCCAGCGUAG